AUGACUGCACCCAACCUCUGCUACAGCCUGGAGUACUGGCAGCUCCCCAAUGACCGUGAGAUGCCCAGUGCGGUCCAUCAUGUCCAAGAGUAUGACAAGGCCGAAAACUUCGUGACCCGAACUGGAUUCCCUCAUGUUGUCCAGGAUGAGCCAGGUCAAUGGGCGUUGGAGAAUUAUGACUGGAGUGGAGAGAUGGUCCUGAAAUCAUCCAGCGACCUCUCCCAAAAUUUUCAAUUCUCCGAUCUAUAUCCAACCAAUAAUGGCGACCAAAAUUGGGACAUGACAAGUUCCUGGGUUCCGGCCUAUCAAACACCCGGCCUUUCACACGAUGACCUAGAACGACAACACAUAAUGACCCGAGUGGCAGCCGAAAGGGCCCUCUUUAUGACUCCCUCCGUUCAAGCAUUAUCCGUUUCUACAUUACCGGGUUCCCCUAUAUCCGAUCACUCCAGUACACCCGAGAUCACUCAAACUUCCUUCAAUCGGCGGGAGGACAGGGGUGCAUCACCAUUGUCCGAUACCAUGUCCGAGAACAGCUCAGCCAUGCAUCCAGCAGGUUGGGCCAACUGUCCCACCUGGAAGGAAGAUGAGGUUCUUCCCACAAUGCUAGAAAUGCCCGAUGGCUCAUCUCGCAAGACCUCGAACUGGCUUCCAGUUGACCCCGAAGCCGGCUUUACAAUCGGUUCAUCCGCUUACACAGAUUGGUCAGACCUACAAGAGGGUCAUGACAUCCACUCAGCUUUCAUGUCGUCGACUUCCCCUCAGUGGACAUACACUGGGUGA